AUGGCUGCGGUUGACCAAAAAGUCGCUUUGAUCGUCAUUGACGGUUGGGGUAUCCCGGGCCCCAAUUCGCCCACCAAGGGCGAUGCCAUCGCCGCCGCGGAGACCCCGUACAUGUCCGGCUUCGCCGAGGCCAACUCGAAGACCGCUCAGGGUUUCACCGAGCUGGAUGCCUCCUCUCUUGCUGUCGGCCUUCCCGAGGGCCUCAUGGGAAAUAGUGAGGUCGGUCACCUGAACAUCGGUGCCGGUCGUGUUGUGUGGCAGGACAGUGUCCGCAUUGAUCAGACCCUGAAGAAUGGCGAGCUGAACAAGGUGGAUAACAUUGUCAAGGCCUUCACCCGAGCCAAGGAAGGCAAUGGCCGUCUGCACCUGUGCGGUCUGGUUUCCGACGGUGGUGUUCACUCCAACAUCACUCACCUCUUCGGCUUGCUGGAGGUGGCCAAGGAGAUGCAGAUCCCCGAGGUCUUCAUCCACUUCUUCGGUGAUGGUCGUGACACUGACCCCAAGAGCUCUGCCAAGUACAUGGAACAGCUCCUGAACAAGACUAAGGAGCUUGGUGUUGGUGCUAUCGCCACCGUUGUUGGCCGCUACUACAUCAUGGACCGCGACAAGCGCUGGGAGCGUGUCGAGGUUGGCAUGAAGGGCAUGGUUACUGGCGAGGGUGAGGACAGCUCUGACCCUCUUCAGACCAUCCUAGACCGCUACGAGAAGAAGGAGACCGAUGAGUUCCUGAAGCCCAUCAUUGUUGGCGGCAAGGACCGUCGUGUGCAGGAUGAUGAUACUCUGUUCUUCUUCAACUACCGUUCGGAUCGUGUUCGUGAGAUUACCCAGCUUCUGGGUGACUACGACCGCUCUCCCCGCCCCGAUUUCCCUUACCCCAAGAACAUCUCCAUCACUACUAUGACUCAAUAUAAGACCGACUACACCUUCCCCGUUGCUUUCCCUCCUCAGCACAUGGGUAACGUCCUGGCCGAGUGGCUGGGCAAGAAGGACCUGCAGCAAUGCCACAUCGCCGAGACUGAGAAGUAUGCCCACGUCACUUUCUUCUUCAACGGUGGUAUUGAGAAGCAGUUCCCCGGAGAGAUCCGCGACAUGAUCCCCUCCCCUCGCGUGGCCACCUACGACCUAGACCCGAAGAUGAGCGCUGCUGAGGUUGGUGCUAAGAUGGCCGAGCGUCUUGGCGAGGGCAAGUUUGAUUUCGUCAUGAACAAUUUCGCUCCACCUGACAUGGUUGGUCACACUGGUGUGUACGAGGCCGCUAUCCAGGGUGUCGCUGCCACCGAUAAGGCCAUUGGUGAAAUCUACGAUGCCUGCGUGAAGAACAACUACAUUCUCAUGAUUACUGCUGACCACGGAAACGCCGAGGAGAUGAUCAAUGAGAAGGGUACUCCCAAGACCUCCCACACCACCAACAAGGUUCCUUUCGUUAUGGCCAACGCCCCCGCUGGCUGGAGCCUCUCCAAGGAGGGUGGUGUUCUGGGCGAUGUUGCCCCCACUGUCCUGGCUGCCAUGGGCAUUGAGCAACCUGCUGAGAUGACCGGUAAGAGCCUUUUGGUCAAGGCAUAA